CUGAUAUCAAUCUUCCUUCGUCGACGGCAAAGUGGAGACCCCGUCAAAUUCAUUAAGAGGGAGGAACAGGCCGAUUUUCAAGGGGUGGGAGCAAUCUCUCAAGCUGAACGGUCUCCUCAGUCCGUCAGGUAAACUACCAUAUACCCAAGUGCGACGUCGGGUGCGAGAUCAUGGCUCCCCAUUCCGCUAUCCUUCGAAGGAGUCAUGGUAAAUCCAAGGACGGGUGUAAAACUUGCCUGUCGCGGCGGGUGAGAUGCGAUCAGGCCAGACCUACAUGUCAAAACUGUGCUCGAGGUUCGCGAACAUGCGUCUACCUAAGCUCGUCAACAGGCGUCGCCUUAGAACAUGCGAGGUCUAUCGCUUGGAUAGAAUCGAUCGAGAUCGCGUGUCAGACCUGGAGAGAAAGCGGAGAUACUCCGUUCCCAAUGCUGAAAAUUCUGUCGUCUCACGAUUGGCACGGCCUGGAUCCACGAGGUCUCCGAUACCUCUACUACAUUGCCUCUCUCGGGGAUAUUCUGGACCAAAACAACGCCCGGAAAUUUGCGCUCUGGUACGAUACCUACGAAGUGGGUAUCCAAGCGACCGCAAAGUAUGACUUUGUCGCGUAUGCUCAAAUAGUGGCCGCCGCCAACCGCAUUGGAAAACUUACCAAGAUGGCAAGUGUCAUGGAGGACGCAGCGUGGUACCGGUCAUUGGCGUUGAAAGGCCUGCAACAAGCCCUUGCAUGCUUCUCCCGAGAGAAUGCGGAUGGUGUUUUGGCGGCGUCCCUCAGCUUCAUGUACAACCAAUCGACCCCGGCCGAUCUGCGGAGAAUCAUGCAGGGCACAGCAGCGGUCGUCGAGGCCAUGCGCCCGUGGGCCGCAUAUUCCGGAGCUCGGCUGUUAUUGGAACACAUCUAUCCUGAUAAAGAAGACUCCCAAUACCCCGCCCGGCAGCACGGAGACAAUUCCUAUCCUCCCGAGCCAACGACCUCUGUCUCUGCUCCUCUGGUCACCGUACAGUCGGCUACAGCUGCGAUCGAAUUUCUACUGGAGCAGGGACUGACCGCGAUGAACCGGCUGGCAACGUGCAUCAGGCAUAAGAAAGAGCUGUCCACGACGGCGCGGGGCCUGGCAGACAUGCUACGGAUGGCCCAAGCAGAGCACCACCUGAACGGCCAAAAGUACGAUCCGUUCUGGCUCGUCCACCCGUUCUGCGGGAUGACCAGCCGGGAAUCCAUCUCCUUCACCGACAUCAGCAGCUCGCAGCCCUUUAUCCUGGUCUUCUUGGCCCACCUGUACAGUGCAUUGGUCGUGAUCGCGAUGCUGUACCCGGAACUAGACACGGCGGGCUUCGUCACGAUUCGGCUGCACUCCCUGGAUGCCUUGACUCGACAUUUCGACCCGAUCGCCACGAUCGCGUGCGAGACCUGCCGGGAGGCCCACAGCUGCCAGGAGCUUCUGGCCUUUCCCUGGAACGUCCUGCAGACAUACCGGAAAUGGCAAAUGGAUCGGCGAACUAUAUUAUCACCUGGGACGCGAUCCCCCGUGCCCGGGAGGCGAGAAGAGAGCUCGCUUGACAUGACCACCGAUGCGGGGGAGAUUUGCAUCAACCAAGAUAGCCGAGAUGCCUUGACGGCGGCCAAAAGCCUGCAGAGAGCGCAUCAAAGUUGUUUACAGGAAUACGCAGACUUCGGCAAGCAUAUGUCCAGACAAGCUUUGAAUCACAACCUUGUCUGAUGCCCGGCUUCCAUAGAAUGAGCGCACUGGGUCGCAAAAGGAGAGGAUCCACGGUCUCAACGAGUAUUAAAGCUACUAAGUCGUCC